AUGCCUCGCAAGAUCACAGUUGCUGUCGCGCAAGCGAGCACUCAGUCAUCCCUCUCCACUACCUUGGAUGCUUUGCACCGGGUGACUCGCCACGCAGCGGCUCGUGGCGUUCACUUGAUUCUAUUUCCGGAAGCCUACUUGGGUGGCUAUCCGAGGACAUGCGAUUUCGGAACAGCGGUCGGCUUCCGCCAACCUCACGGUCGCGAUCAGUUCCUAGAGUAUUUCAACUCCGCUGUCGAUCUCGGCGACACCCCAGCCGGUGCUGGUGACGACUGGGUCGAUCGGAAACUCCCUCUUCCGCGGGGUAAGGAUUACCGCGGUGACGGCACUCGUGAGACCCUUGAAAGGAUUUCCCGGGAGACGGGCGUCUUCAUUGCAUGCGGUGUGAUCGAGAGGGCGGGAGGUAGCCUUUACUGCUCCGCUGUAUACGUCGAUCCCCGCGAUGGUAUGCUUGGAAAGAGAAGAAAGGUCAUGCCGACUGCUUCCGAGCGUCUUAUCUGGGCACAGGGCUCGCCAUCCACCCUCAAGGCCAUCACUACCGAGCUCAAUGGGGUCAAAUUGACGAUCGGUGCCGCUAUUUGCUGGGAAAGCUUCAUGCCUAUGCUCCGCCAGAGCCUCUACGCCCAAGGUGUCAACAUUUAUCUGGCACCCACAGCAGAUAGCCGCGACACCUGGCUUCCUCUGGUUCGGACUAUUGCUGGCGAAGGCCGCACAUUUGUUCUCACCGCCAACCAAUGCGUGCGGCGCAGUGAGCUCCCUGGCUGGAUUACGGGAGCUUCUUCCAAAGAAGCAGUUGAGAAUGGCGACGAAUAUAUCUCGCGGGGUGGCUCUUGUAUCAUUGGCCCUCUUGGUGAGGUGCUCCGCGGGCCGAUCUGGGAAGUUUGCACUGAUGAUGCGGCAAACCCGGAUGACUUGAAUGACCCAGCUCUCGAAGCCGCUGUGUCUAUCUCAGAGAUCGAUUUGGAUGACUGCGAGAGAGGAAAGCUGGAUCUUGAUGUCACCGGGCACUAUUCACGAAACGAUGCCUUCAAGUUGUCCGUUAAGGGUCUGGACCUUAACCCUCCUCCUCUUCAGUCACGACCAUGCAGUAACUGCGUCCAAGCACAUGCUGCUUGUGUCGCGAGCCAAAAACCGCCAAGGGAAAGUCGAGUCAAUCCGGAGUAUGCACGGGCUCUUGAGGAGCGCAUACUCGAGCUCGAAGCCGAGCGAGAAUCCACCGGACGAAAAACCCGCGCCACCGUGGGAGCAUAUGAGAUGUCCUCGUCUGCGAAUGUUGCAGGAACAGCGUCAAGGGCUCAUAGACUUCAGCCUCAAUUGCAGCGCGACCCGCCCGUUGAAAAUUCACCCCUUGCGGUCAAUUCUCUACAUGCUGAAAGCAUCCGCGCUCAGAGCACCCCGUCACUCACCAUCCUCACGCCACCUACACAGCCUUCUCCUACCGGACUGUCAGUGGGGGCAGUCGAGUACGAUGAGACAGGUAUCUCAACAGCCACCCAGAAUAAUCUCAUUCGAAUCUUUCUUGAACGCGUCAAUCCUCGAUACCCGUUCCUCCAUGAAGAAACGUUCAUCAGCUGGUACGGGGCAUGGCAAUCUGCGAAACGAUCGAGCCAGCCACUACCAGCUGAAGAGAAGUGGAAGGAAUUCUUCGUGAAGAUGGCUUUUGCGGUGAGCCUGCUGAUUGCUCCACAAGUGUCCCCGGAGGACAUGAGGACCUCGCAGGCUUUAUACUCCUCGGCUAUGCCAUUGCUCGGGACUGUUUUUUCAUGUCUCGACCCAGUCCUACAUGUGCAGGCCUACCUGCUUUGCACAUUGCAUGCUCUCCAUUCGCCAUCGUCACAAACCGUUCUCACAAUGAUCUCCGCUGCUAUGCGUUGUUGCGUGAUCGCACAACUGCACCUGAACCUGCCGACGAGCAGUGCCCGGGAUGAAUCAGUUUUGCUUGAUUUACAGAUACGACGUCGGGUAUUCUGGUCCGCCUAUGCCAUCGAUCGUCUACUUAGCUGGAUAUACCAUGUUCCCUGCAGCCUCGCUGACGAGAACAUCCAAGUCGAGCCUUUUGCGAACCUAAAUGACGACGAAAUCAAAGCAUGGGCCUCAAGGAGUGAACGGCCGGACGAGACCGAAUCUAUGCCUCGCAUAACGCAGGUCUCAUCCGCGUUGCAUCUGCUUCGAGGCAGAAGGAUCCAAUCUCGAAUUCUCAGUAUCAUGAUGCGCACAGACUACGAACACCGUUUUACAGCACAUCACAACUGGCGCUUGCAUAUGCUGGAAGCGCUUGAUCAGUGGAAAAUGCAAUUGCAACCUCAUAGUGACCCAGCCUCUGAAGGAUAUACGAGUGAAGGUUGGGUGGGUAUGCUCUAUAAUUAUACUAUUCUUAUAUUAUAUCGGCCGACCAAAGAGAAUCUCUGCCGAUUUGUCAGCGAGCGCUGUAUCACAGCAUGCUCCAACAUUCUGCAUACAUUUUGGAUGUACCUAAAGAGACGCCAGACGGCGCAGCUUUGGCCUGGACUUUUGAGUCAAUUUGGUACAGGCAUAAUCUUGCUAUACUGCCUUUGGGCAACACCACCCUCAGAAAGACCGGCAUCAAUCCAACUUUCAGAAAUCACCAAGGCCAUUAGAACAUGCACGGUUAUUCUUGCGGUUCUAUCUGAGCGCUGGACACAAGCUGAAAUCCUGCGAGACGUCUUUGACCUUCUCGCAGAUUCGGUUGUGCAAGACACCCCUGACUGCGUGGAAGGGAAUGGACUAUCGACACAGGCAAGGCAAACAAUUAAGUCCCGUUUGCCUAUGCUGCAUGUCAUAAUUGUAAAUAAGGACAUAUUACGGAUGUUGAUGGAGAUGGUUACUGAAGACUACCCUUGGACAGGUUACAGAGAUGUACCAAAUGUCUACCCCUGGUGCUCUGAAGACAAGCAUGAUGCAAACGGGUGUACAUUGUGCUGGGAGGGUAGACCUAUGGUAGGAGAGCUAGAGAGCCUUCCUCAGGAGGAUUUGCUCUCAAUGGGUCUGUGGCCAUCGCUAUAUGAUGACACAGGGGGAUUGUACACUUCGCCUUCCGGGGAGUAUCCAUCUUUCCCGGGGUUGUUGGGAUCUAUGUAG